GUGCAGGACCGCCAUUUGCGUUUACCGAGAUUAAUAAUCGUCCGUGUGUGAUAGCGUCAUUUCGUGUGUACACGGUUUAUCGUACGUAUUGCCCGUCGGCCACCCGCCAACGAUCGACUCUCAGCGUUCCGAAUCGUUUUCGAAGGAAUUUUUUUUCGAAAAAAAAUAUACUCAGUCCGAGACAACGAGUUUUUAUUAUGUAGUAACGCGAUCGACCAGGCCAAAUACGCGUGCGAGCUUCCAGCGCAGUUAAAACCGACGACAAAGAAGUGUAAUCGCCCGUUUUUGGGCUGAGAACGAUUUAUUCAGUACGUUUUCCACCUGCACGCCACACGACGAUAUAGACACGCGCGAUGGAGACCAGCACCAACGGCGAGACGAAGGAGCCACCGUCUUCGCCUCCGCCUCCGCCGCCGCCACCACCACCGCAGGCGACACCGACGACGGCGUUGACGACAACGACAAUGACGACGACGAUGUCCAUCACGAGCCAGACAACCACGAUCACGACGACAAUGACCACGACGAGCCCGACGGAUCUCUAUCAGAUGUGUCGUCUGUGCCUGAACACGCUUAAAGCGGACGAAGGCGAAUCGGUGUUCAACAACCAGGUGCCCUCGUUGCCGGAGAAAAUCUACCGUGUAUUCGGGGUACAAAUUACCGAUGCUAAAGAUUUGCCAAAUAAACUUUGCUCAAAAUGUGUGCAAAAUACUGAACAGUGUUACAGCCAUAGAGAAACAUAUAAACGCCAAGAACGUGUUUUGUUUGACAUGAUUAAAAAGCCAACAAUCGAGGAAGUUAAGAAUUCACCAAAUUCUGAAUAUGUAUACAGUCCAGCGGAUUCAAAUCACUCGUCAUCAUCGGGUGUAUCAUCUGAUCCUCGUUACGUUAAGGCCAAUAAUUCAGCUAAUAACAUGAAUAAUAGUUCUACUUCUCCACCGUAUGAAACAAAUGCAUCUCUAGCUUCUCAUGUUGAAGUUAUUCAAGGGUGUGAUGAAAUGGCAGCAGAGGUGACAAUAGCUCAUGAUUCGGAAGAAACUGUAUCAGGAGAUGACACUAUUUGUACUGACAAUAAUGCUGAGUAUGGAACAUACAAUGACGAUGAAAAUAUUAUCGUAGUUAAAACUGAACCUGACGACGAAUAUGAUGAAGAAUAUUUCAAUGGUUUGUAUAGUACUAAAAAUGAUGAUGGAAGUGAAAGCUAUGACCAACAAGAAGGACCAAAAGUCAUUGCUAGUGUUCAAUUCCCAAUGGUAAAUGGUACAAUUGUUAACGGUACUCAUAAAAUUGGCCAAAAGCAAUUUUCUUUAGUUAAUUGCAUUCCAACAUCCUGGGCUUCUAGUUCGAGCAAAGAUCGUCGUAAACAAAGUUGUCCGACCAGAGCAUUGGAAUUAAGUGGUUUUCGUACACAAGUUGCUGGUGAUGAUACUAAUUCAUCAGAUGAAGGAAAUGUUACAAAUUGGACAACUAAAAAAAUCCGUUCCAAUUCCCCUGCUGUUAUAGUAAAACCUGCCUAUGCAUGGCCUAAUUUACAAGGCAGUGGUCAAACUUUAAUAUUUCAAACAAAAAAUCCUGAUGGUACAACAUCUGAAUUACGUCCACAAGUAAUGCAAGUUGGUGAAUGGGCCAAUAAUCAAGGUCAAUCAAAUGCACCUACAGAUCCAUCAGACCGCAUGGGUAUGCUGUUAUUUGCUGCUACUCAUAUUCAAGAACUAUCCACUGAAAGUGAUGAUGGUCAGUCUCCUGGCACACCCAAGGGUGCUACUGUGGUACGUGGUAAAUUAGUAUCAUCAGACCAAAAGCGCAAGAUAUAUCAGACACAAGCUACAAUUAGGCGAUAUUCAGAUGGUCAUCAAGUACAACAGCAAGUUAAAGAUAUAAAUGCUUCACCAAACAUACCCAGGAAACGUACUGCAAGGGAAUCGUCUGUUCAGAGAAUGUGUAGUAAUUGUGGAACUACGUGUUCAACAAUAUGGCGACGACUAAAUGAAGACCCAGUAUGUAACGCCUGUGGAUUAUACUACAAACUACAUGGAAAAAUUAGACCACCCACCAUGAGGCGUGAUACCAUUCAUACUAGACAACGUAGAAAACGAUCAGACAACGGUAUGGACAUAAGCAUGAAUAAGAAAAAAAUCAAAAUUAAAAAAACAGAAGACGCUAAAUUAGAAGAAAGCUAUGAAGUAGAGCAACCACCAUCGCCCAAUUCAGCAGCUGUACAAACUAUAAUUGAAGAACCUGUUCAAGAUGAAACACCUCUAAAUCUUGUCAACAAAUAACGAGCAUGCGUAAUACGCAAGGUUCGUCAUAUUCCUCAUUUUAAUUUUUUUUUAAAUUUUUUUUUUUUUUGUCCUUAUGUGUACGUGAGAUAUUAUAGCUUAAGAGAAAAUUUGAAUUAAGUAUCGAAUCUGUAUUCUUGUUCUUGCACACAUUAUAUCAAUAGAUUUUAAUAUUAUGCUAAAUCAAA